AUGAGUGAGAAUCCUUAUUUGGCACAUUUGCCGCCUUCGCAACGUUCAGUGAACGGCAGCGGAAACAAGGGAGAGUUUUACGGUUUGGUGCCUAGAAAGACCACUGCCGAACAAGCGGAAGCUCUCGAAAACGGCACCUUCAAUCCUUUCACCAACAAACCUUUCUCUGCCAAAUACCAAAAGAUCUUGGAAGGAAGACGCAAGCUUCCUGUUCAUCAGCAGCGCAGCGAAUUCUUGGAAAUGAUUCACAACAAUCAGUUUGUCGUUCUUGUCGGUGAAACCGGAUCUGGAAAAACCACACAGAUUCCUCAAUUUUUGGUGUAUGACGAAUUACCUCAUCUUCGAGGCAAACAGAUCGCUUGUACUCAACCUCGUCGUGUGGCUGCCAUGUCAGUUGCUCAGCGUGUUGCCGAUGAAAUGGAUGUGCAAUUGGGUCAAGAAGUCGGUUACAAUAUCCGUUUCGAAGAUAACACCAGUCCAAAGACCUUUUUAAAGUACAUGACUGAUGGUAUGCUGUUACGUGAGGCCAUGUCGGAUCCCAAGUUGAGCCGUUAUUCUGCGGUGGUUCUUGACGAAGCUCACGAACGUACAUUGAAUACCGAUAUUUUGAUGGGUUUAUUAAAGGAGAUCUGCAAAACCAGAAAGGAUUUGCAAGUGAUUGUCAUGUCUGCUACGUUGGAUGCCGGCAAGUUUCAAAAGUACUUUGAUGAUGCUCCGUUAUUGUCUGUACCCGGUCGUACUUUCCCUGUCGAGAUUUACUACACUCCCGAACCUGAGCGCGAUUACCUUGAAGCCGCUAUUCGUACGGUGCUUCAGAUUCACAUGAGCGAGCCUGAGGGUGAUAUCCUGGUAUUCUUGACGGGUGAAGAAGAGAUUGAACAGGCUUGUCGAAAGAUCAAGGCCGAAGGCGACGAGUUGAUUCGUAGCCAAGAUGCCGGUCCAUUGAAAGUUGUUCCCCUUUACUCGACGCUUCCCCCCAGUGCACAGCAACGUAUUUUUGAUCCUGCACCCCCCGCUCGUAAACCCGGCGGUACUCCCGGUCGUAAGGUGGUCGUGUCAACUAAUAUCGCCGAAACAUCGCUUACCAUUGACGGUAUCGUGUAUGUGAUUGAUCCUGGCUUUGCUAAACAAAAAGUGUACAAUCCUCGUAUUCGUGUGGAGUCUCUUUUGGUGUCGCCGAUUUCCAAAGCAUCCGCGCAGCAGCGUGCUGGUCGUGCUGGUCGUACACGUCCUGGCAAGGCUUUCCGUCUAUAUACCGAAAACGCUUUCAACCGCGAAUUGAUCGAACAAACGUACCCCGAAAUCUUGAGAAGCAACUUGGGCGGUGUGGUGUUGCAGCUCAAGAAACUCGGUAUUGAUGACUUGGUGCAUUUCGAUUUUAUGGAUCCUCCUGCACCUGAGACCCUGAUGCGUGCGCUUGAAUUGCUCAACUACCUCGAAGCCCUGGAUGACGAUGGUGAACUGACACCUACUGGUGAAAUCAUGUCUGCCUUCCCCUUGGAUCCUCAACUCUGUAAAAUGUUGAUCGAAAGUCCAAAGUACAAAUGCUCCAACGAAAUUCUUUCCAUUGCUGCUUUACUAUCAGUGCCUCAAAUCUUUGUGCGUCCCAAUGAAGCUCGUAAAGCGGCCGAUGAAGCCAAGGCCAACUUUGCACACGCUGAUGGUGAUCAUUUGACCUUGUUGAACGCGUAUCACGCCUAUAAAAUGAAUCAUGAGGAUAGUAACUGGUGCUAUGAAAAUUUCUUGAAUCAACGAUCAUUGAAGUCGGCGGACAAUGUACGACAGCAGCUGAAGAGAGCGAUGGAAACACAUGAUCUCGAUUUGGUCUCAACACCAUUUGAAGACAAGAAAUAUUUCAUCAAUAUCCGAAAGGCAAUGACGGCUGGUUAUUUCAUGCAAGUAGCGCACUUGGAACGUACGGGCCAUUACUUGACGGUGAAGGAUAAUCAAAUCGUACAAUUGCAUCCGUCAAGCACGUUGGAUCACAAACCGGAAUGGGUUCUGUACAAUGAAUUUGUAUUGACCACUCGCAAUUACAUUCGAACAUGUACCGAAGUGAAAGCGGAUUGGUUACUUGACAUUGCUCCUCACUACUAUGAUCUCUCCAACUAUCCCAACUGUGAAAGCAAGCGAAAGCUCCAACAGCUGGUCAACCGACGGGAACGAUCGCGAGAUGAAGACAGAAAGUCCAAGAAGAGAAAGCACUAA